UUAUGAUUGUACUGAGGGAUAUUAUGGUGACGUCUGUAAUACCACAUGUAGCGCCACAUGUUCAGAAGGUUGUAGGUCAUCGGACGGUUUUUGUGGCGAUUGUAAGAAUAUGUACCAUAACGUAUGUAAUUUUACAUGCAGUGUGAAUUGUAAAGAAGGUUGUUAUAGAGAUGCCAAAUGUAUGGACUGCUUUAAAGGUUUCUAUGGUGAUAGGUGUGGCAAAAGGUGUAGUAAUUGUAGACAUUAUAGUUGCAACAUGACCAGUGGCUGCAUUGAAGGAUGUACAGCAGGUAAAACUGGACAGCAUUGUGAUAAGAGUUGUUUUUCGAGUUGCAUUUCUUGUAAACGCUACAAUAAAUCAAGCUGCGUAUCUUGUAAACGAGGAUGGUUUGGAUCAGUUUGUAAUAAGACGUGUCCAACAAGAUGCUUGUAUAGUUUUUGUAAUAUGGAUGGUACCUGCGGUGCCUGUAAAGCAGGAUAUUAUGGAAAGAGUUGUGACAAGAUGUGUAGCAGCAACUGUAGAUCUACCAUAGGUUCACCUGUAUGUAAUUACACCCAUGGUUCAUGUACUAAUGGCUGUGUACAUGGUAAAAGGGGAAACAACUGUUCUGAAGAUUGUCCUGAAGGGUGGUAUGGUUUAAACUGUUACAAUAAAUGUGGUUAUUGUAAAGGAGGGAAAGGAUGUAAUGUAUCAUCAGGAGAAUGCGGCUUACAGGGCUGUCAGGAACAAUAUACAGGGCCUACUUGUCAAGAGUUAAAAUCUACUACAGUCAAUACAACCCUAAUUUUUGCAGUUGUGUUUACUGUGAUAAUACUAUUGAUGAUUGGUCUCUAUUUUUGGAGGUUCUUCAAAAUAAAGGGCAACAUUUCCGGGUCAACUUUUAAUCAAGCGGCUGUUGAAUACCGCAAUACUGACAACGAUUAUGAUACAUUAUCACCGCUGGUGGUUGACGAUACUGUGGAGUUCCAGUCUCCUGCAUCAAGAUCACCAGCAACUGCUAAUCAGGUACCUAAUAUCAAUACGAGUAAUGAACAUUCACCACUCAACCAGAGAUCCAGUGAUACUACUAGCCAUUAUCUGACAUUACCAUCACCGGUAAACAACGAUAACCAGGCCUCCGGAGCCGACUACCUUUCGUUAGUGAAUACCAAUAAUGACUAUUUGCCACUCAAUACCAAGAGUAGAGAUACAAAUACUAAUUAUCUGACAUUACCAGCAUCGAUAAAUGAUGAGGAUCGGAUAUCUGGAGCCUACUACCUAAACAAUGUACAAUGCAGUAAUGUACAAAACACUAUUACUAACCAAUAUCCACACCGGGUAGGCGGCGAUGAUGAUGUGUCCAGAUUCAGUUACCUUACUGACAGCAGCCAAGAAUUUAAAUUAUCACCACCUGUAGAUAACAAUGAAGAUGUAUCUAGUGAUAAUUACAUUACACCGAUACAUGUAAAUUACCACUCUGCACCACACGACAUUAAAACAGUAACUAAUAUUUACCAUUCAUCGUUACAGAAUACCGGUUAUACUACUACGAUAACUGAUAUUUACCCAUCCCCAUCACAGGAUACCAGUUAUGCCACGACAAUAACUGAUAUUUACCCAUCCCCUUCACAGGAUACCAGUUUUGCCACUUCAAUAAAUGAUAUUUACCCAUCCCCAUCACAGGAUACAAGUUAUGCUACUGGAAUAAAUGACAGUGACCAAUCGGUAGCACCUGAUACUAGUUAUGCUAGUACAAUGAAUGCCAAUCACCAUUUGCCAGCACUAGAUUCCAAUUUUGCCAGUACUAUAAAUGGCAUUGGCCAAUCCACAGCACCAGAUUCCAAUUUUACUGGUACAAUAAAUGAAAUUGACCAAUCAUCUUCACAAAAUACCAGCUUUACUAAUACAAUAAAUGAAAUUUAUCUGCCGCAAACCUCUGGUUCUGAUAAUAUUAUUUCCACUAAUGAAAAUAACAACUCGGAUACAGACAGAUCGUACGACACUAUAUCACUUAGCUAUCAAUAGAGCAGUUACAA